AUGACGACUGAACUGGUGAGGUACAACGACAACAAGGCGGAUGACACCCUGACGUUCAAGCAGACGGUCCGAAGCCGGCGCUCCUAUCGUGGCUUUCUGAGCACCCCCGUUCCCGAUGAGAUCAUCCAGGAGGUGUUGAAGGACGCCCAGUGCGCACCAUCGAACUGCAAUACCCAGCCUUGGAACGUUCACAUCGUCUCAGGAGCCAAGCUGGCGGACCUCUCCCGCGCCAUUCACGAGAAGAACGAUGCCGGCCAGUUCUCGCCUGACUUCGCGUUCGACAUGGCUGCAUUCUACGGCCCCUAUGGCGAGCGCCAGCACGCGCAUGGCAAGGCGUACUACGGAGCCCUGAACGUCAAGCGGGAUGACAAGGAGGGACGGCGCCAGGCGGCUGCCCUGAACUACUCGUUCUUCAACGCUCCGCAUGUGGCCCUGCUCUUCAUGCCGUCCUUCGUCGAUAACGUCCGUGUGGCAGGAGACAUCGGCAUGUACGGGCAGACGUUCCUGCUUUCGCUCUCGGCGCGGGGCCUGGGAGGCAUCCCACAGACCUCACUGGGGUUCUUCGCCGGCACGAUCCGCGAGGUGCUCGGCAUCCCCGAGGAACUGAAGAUGCUGUUCGGGAUCUCAUUCGGCUACCCUGACGAGACCGCUCCGGGAAAUCGUGUGUGGAUGGAUCGCGUGCCGAUCACCGAUAGCGUCACCUUCCACUCAUAG